AUGAACUGCCUGAUGCUGAACGUGGUCUUCCCGGAACAGCAGGAGUUGAUGGCCAGGAUGUUGGAACUGGGCCCCAUGACCUAUUUGCUGGGCAUCUUCUACUUGCUGAUCACUGGCUUGACGGCCGCGUGGCAAGGGCGGAGGGUAGCUAUGGCAGGGCGUCAGGUGAUGAAUAUGCUCAUCGGCGUGUUAGUUGAGGUGGUCUCCGUCACAGCUCAAGUCGACAAGGAAGAGACCGCCAUGAAGGCAGUGAAAGAGAAGAUCGAGGAGUUGCUUCCGGCGGAAGUGAGACAUGCCACCGGCAUCACGCGCGAACAUUUUAUGAAUGUGAUUAUGGAUCCGGGUUUGGUCCAAACCUUGGCCACGAUUGAUGUGGAUGUUAUGACAGUGGUGGAAUAUCCUGAGAUCAUGUACCAUUCGCGAAAUGCGCUCACAGUUCCGGAGCUGGUGGAUGCCAUUCUCCAGUUCAGGAGAACCACUUCGGUGAGUAUGAUGGACAUAGCUCAACUACGCCGCUUCAUGGUAAAUGAGCUUGAGGAUCUGAGAGGCCUCAUCAAAUCCAAUCAGAUCAUUUGA